UUUCUCUAAAAAUGUGAUUUUGGAUUCUAGGUUUGUAUAUUUCCUAUCCAUUUUACAUUUGAUCCAAGCUUAUUCCAUACAAGUUAGAGUUAAUUGUCUCUUCAGAUAUGUUGGAAGCUUCUUCAAACAUGGAUCCCCCUAAAAAUGAAGGGGAUAUGAAACCAACAAAUCUCGAAGAAGUAAAAGAGGAGUGUCCUCUCUUUUCUUGUAAUCUAUUUGAUGCAGAAAUGGUUCGAAAGGUAGCACAGGAAUUCCUUACAGGAUUAGCCUCCGCUUGUGUUGACAACACGACUGGUGGUUUAUUCAAGAGCCCUGCUUCUAUGGCUGUUGAUAUCAGAAGAGAAAUGGUGGACUAUCUUAUCCAGAGAAGCGAGACAUUUGUUGCUGAAUCUGUUGUGUUACAAGGUGGAACAGAAACCAUUGUGUCGGACAACCCUUAUGAUAACAUUUCGGAUUUUAUCGAUGAUUUUGGUCAGUCGAAGAGAAAUUUUUUUAGCAAGGUUUCAGGUUGGAUACUAAGUGAAAGAAGAGAGGAUAGAAUAGAUGAUUUUGUACAAGAAAUGGAGAUAAAUGGCUUUUGGUUGAUGGCGAGGAGGGAAACCGUAGCACAAACUGUGAUUCGAAACAUUGAUUUCAAAAACACCUUUCACUGCAAUAUGAAGUUUAAGUCCGAAGAAGAGCUUGCGAAACAUGUCUUUUCGUGUGGUUUCAGGGAAAUACACUGUGAAAAUGAGGGUUGUAAUGCAAGAUUUAGUGCAGCUCAACUUGAACAGCAUGAUUCGGAGUGUCCUUUCAAAAUACUUCAGUGUGAGCAGAAGUGCCCAGAAAUGCUCAUGAGACGUGAAAUGGACCGGCAUUGUAUAACUAUUUGUACAAUGAAGCUUGUCAAUUGUCCCUUUUAUCCCGUUGGUUGCCAAUCGACUGUUCCCCAAUGCAAAGCAGAAGAACACCGUAAAGAGAAUCUCCAAUCUCACUUGGUCUACAUUUUAAAACUUAUUUACAAGGAAGCAUCUUCAGAAGCUCUUAAGAAAAGGGCUGAACAAUUGGAACAGGCAACAUCAGGUGGACGAUUAGCAGCUGCUUGUGAUGCAAGAUCAUUAACAACUGCAAUUAAGAAUAUUGAUGCAAAGCUUGGACUGUUGGAGGUCGAGAAAAAGAUAGAGGUCAAUCCAGAGUUAAUAGAACAAAAUGACGAGGGCACUGAUGUAUCCACCAAGAAUGACGAUCAUGAUGGUAAGGACUCGCUUCAUAAGAAUGAGACGUCUCCAGACUCACCCAAGAUUCAGCAUGAUCUUACAGCUACGCCCGCCAAAGUAGAGUCACCUACCAAAUCAGUGGAUAUUGUAGAACCAACUAGCAAAACUAAAGUGCAAGAAUCUUCUAAGUCACCUCAGGACCUCACAGUUUCCUCAUCCAAAAGUGAAGAGUCUACCCUAUCACCCAUGAAACAUAAAAAAUCUUCCUCACCUGAAAUGGAUACACAUGAAACUAAUGAGUCUAGACCAUCACCCAAAAAACACCAUGACUCCACAGCUUCCUCACCCAAAAUGAGUACACAUGAGCUUACUCUACCAAAGAAACACCAUGACUCCAUGGCUUCCUCACCCAAAAUUGGUACACAUGAGUCUACACCAUUACCCAAAAACCAACAUGACUCCACAACUUCCUCACCCAAAAUGAGUACACAUGAGUCGACUCCAUCACCGAAAAAACACCAUGGCUCCACAACUUCCUCACCUAAAAUGUGUACACACGAGUCUAUGAUAUCACCAAAAGAACACCAUGACUCCACAGCUUCCUCACCCAAAAUGAGUACACAUGAGUUAACUCCAUCACCAAAGAAACAACAUGACUCCACAACUUCCUCACCUAAAAUGAGUACACAAGAGCUGACUCCAUCACCAAAGAAACACCAUGACUCCACAACUUCCUCACCUAAAGUGAGUACACAUGAGUCCACACCAUCACCAACUAAACACCACGACUCCACGCCAUCCUCACUUGAAACGGAGUAUGCAAAAAGUGAAGAGUCUAUUCCAUCAGCCAAUAACCAUUAGGACUCCAUGGCUUUGGGAGUCAAGGUUGAGUGACAUCCAAAAUUAGGAUUUUGUGGAGGAAUGAACUUCAAAAUGGAGUCUACAAGGCCACACCUCAGUGAAAAAAGAUCAACAAAUUCAUCAUCAAAAAGAGAAAAAGACCCCAAGUCAACAAUUCCAAAGUGGAUGCAGGGGUAGCAACCAAAUGAAGUACAUACAUGAAAUAGAAUCAAACCAUGUAAAAAAGUUUUCUUCGCCAUCUGUCCAUUGUCAAUUGUGGCUAGUUAGUUUGUGAAACAAUUUUUUUUGCACAUUUCCUUUUUCAUACAGUUAACUUAUGAUUUUAUAAUCAUUUUAGGCUUUGCAUAGGUUUGUUCUAGUGUC